CAGUUCCGUAUUAUUUCCAGUCGUUUUGUUGAUGACCCUACACGCCCCCGUUAAGGGGACGACAGAGGGGCUGUCGGCGGAGGAGAGGGAUCAGUUCUAUAACAACCAGGUCAACGGAGGGACAGUCACGGUCACGGAGUAUACCGACAAUUUUGUCGUCGAAGCAAAUGGACUUCCUGACCAUACUAUGAGCAGGAACACGGUAUCCCAAAACUUCCAGUUCACGUUCUACAAGCAACUAGAGUUUGCCUGCACUCCCGGGAGUUUACCGAAGGGGAUAAUUGCACUCACAAAGACUGGUGUCGCCAUCUAUAACCCGCUUACCAGUGAUAAUUUAAAUGCUGUGGAGGGCGGCAAUGUAGAGACAUUUGACCGAUGUAAUGGGCACGCUGACGCCAAUGGAGUUUACCACUACCACCAGUCACCAGGCUCAGAUGACUGUGGAGAUACCAACACAGAAGACUAUGACCAGUUUAUUGGUGUUGCCCUGGAUGGAUUUCCAAUUUACGGUCCCUACGCUUCCGACAAGGGUUCGGAGCCACUGACUGCAGAUGACCUUGACAUUUGUCAUGGUCGAAUGGUGGACGGAAAGUACCGAUACCAUUUGACCUCUGACUUUCCGUACGUCCUGGGGUGCUACUGGGGAGCUGAUGCCAGAAAUAACUCAAACAGAGUGUCUUAUUCAUGUGAUCUAAAUGUUGGAACAGAUCUGCCAGAAUACGGAUACCUAUGUUGCAAUGUCGACCAGCGCAAUGUGGACUCCACUGUCUGUUCCAGUUACCCCGGAACGGUGGACGUGACGACAGAUGACGGUGGUACAGAUGCCCCCACCCAGGCGCCCACCACUGCCGCCCCCACCACCGCAGCCACUACAACACAAGCCCCCAGAACCCGACGACCUAAGGGUGGACGUAGAUCCAGGGUAAACAAACCCGACCCAGCUAGAGAGGCUCACCUCAAAAAGUGGCUCCGACAGCUUCUUAAGGAGACCAAAUAAUUGUUUUUGUACAUAAAAUGUCAGAUCUGUAUCAGUGAGACCUAAGCUAUAGAGUACAUGUACAUUUUUAUUCCAUGUACAUUUUUAUUCCUAAUAGAUCAGCUCUAGAUACAUUACUUUGCCUGCAGAUUGAAUAUAAUAAAGA